GUCUUGGGAUUAAUUUGGCCACCGCUGACACUGUCGUCAUCUAUGACUCCGAUUGGAAUCCACACAAUGAUAUUCAAGCAUUCAGUAGAGCCCAUCGUAUAGGACAGGCCAACAAAGUAAUGAUAUAUCGAUUCGUCACCAGAGCCUCAGUUGAAGAGCGCAUCACACAAGUGGCUAAAAAGAAGAUGAUGUUAACCCAUCUGGUGGUGAGACCCGGACUCGGCAGUCGUUCGGCCGCUAUGUCUAAGCAGGAGUUGGACGACAUCUUAAGAUUUGGAACCGAAGAGCUGUUUAAAGACGAAGAGGGGAAAGAGGAGAGUGCUAUCCAUUACGACGAAGCGGCCGUCGAAGGCCUUCUCGAUCGCACCCAAGAGGGCAUCGAACAGAAGGAGGUCUGGGCUAAUGAGUACUUGAGUUCCUUUAAAGUCGCCUCUUAUGUGACCAAAGAUGUGGACGAAGACGAGCCCGAGACUGAAGUGUUGAAACAAGACGUCGAGAGCGCAGACCCGGCCUAUUGGGAGAAACUGUUGCGACAUCACUACGAACAACAACAGGAAGACUUGGCCCGAACUCUGGGCAAAGGAAAGCGCGUCCGGAAACAAGUUAAUUAUAACGACGCGAUGGGCUCUCAAGAGGAACACAAUUGGACUGAAAACAUAUCCGACUAUAACUCAGACUUUUCGAUGCCUUCAGGCAAUGAAGACGAUGACGACGACUUCGAGGACAACAAAGAGGAAAAGGGCGGACGCUCUCGAAGACGUGAACGCGGAGAGAAAGACCGUCCGCUUCCACCACUACUGGCCCGCGUUGGCGGCAAUAUUGAGGACAACAAAGAGGAAAAGGGCGGACGCUCUCGAAGACGUGAACGCGGAGAGAAAGACCGUCCGCUUCCACCACUACUGGCCCGCGUUGGCGGCAAUAUUGAGACUAAAGACUGCAACGAUUUGUAA